GCACCCGUCCAGCCGGGCGCGGGAGAGAGGAGACGCUCACCACCCCCUGACCCCCAGCUCAGCGCGGGCUCCCGGCCCAGCCAGUGACCCCUCCAACCUCCCCGUCACCCCGGCCAUGUCUGAGGAGCUGGCCCCGGGCCCCAAGGAGAGCCCGCCGGCGCCGCGGGUGGCCCCCCGCGAGGUGUGGAAGAAGGGCGGCCGCCUGCUGUCCGUGCUCCUGUCCGUGAACGUGCUGCUCCUCGCCUGCACGCUCAUCAGCGGCGGCGCCUUCAACAAGGUGGCGGUGUAUGACACCGACGUGUUCGCGCUGCUCACCACCAUGAUGCUGCUCGCGGCGCUCUGGAUCCUCUUCUACCUCCUGGGCACCGCGCGCUGCCCGGACGCCGUCCCCUACCGGGAUGCGCACGCCGGCCCCAUCUGGCUCCGAGGUGGGCUGGUGCUGUUUGGGGUCUGCACUCUCAUCAUGGAUGUCUUCAAGACUGGCUACUACUCCAGUUUCUUUGAGUGCCAGUCAGCCAUCAAGAUCCUGCACCCUCUUGCCCAGGCUGUGUUUGUCAUUGUCCAGACUUACUUUCUCUGGGUCUCUGCUAAAGACUGUGUUCACGUCCACCUGGAUCUGACCCGAUGUGGUCUCAUGUUCACACUCACCACCAACCUGGCCAUCUGGAUGGCAGCUGUGGUGGAUGAGUCCGUGCACCAGGCCCACUCCUACAGCAGUUCCCACAGCAACGCCAGCCACACCCGCCUCGGUCCUGACCCACAGCGAGCAGGCAGCCUGGUCGGAGGAGACUGCUCCUGCAACACGGCCAUCUGCCAGAUCUUCCAGCAGGGUUACUUCUACCUGUACCCCUUCAACAUUGAGUACAGCCUCUUCGCUUCUACCAUGCUCUAUGUCAUGUGGAAGAACGUGGGCAGGCUGCUGGCUUCCUCCACCCAUGGCCACAGCCACACCCCAACCCGGGUCAGCCUCUUCCGAGAGACCUUUUUUGUUGGCCCCGUUCUGGGCCUGAUGCUCUUUAUGGUGGGGCUGGCAGUCUUCAUCAUCUAUGAGGUCCAAGUGAGUGGGGACAGGGGCCGCACCCAGCAGGGCCUGGUCAUCUACUACAGCUUCACCAUCAUCUGUCUGGGGCUCAUGACCUUGGCAAGCCUCAGUGGCUCCGUCAUCUACCGUUUUGACCGCCGGGCCAUGGACCACCAUAAGAACCCCACUCGAACCCUGGAUGUCGCCCUACUGAUGGGUGCCGCCCUGGGCCAGUACGCCAUCUCCUACUACUCCAUCGUGGCCGUGGUGGUGGGCACACCCAAGGACUUGCUGGGGGGACUCAACCUCGCCCAUGCUCUGCUCAUGAUUGCCCAGCACACCUUCCAGAACGUGUUCAUCAUUGAGAGCCUCCACCGGGGACCACCCGGGGCAGAGCCUCAUGAUACCCCCCCGAAGGAGCCCUGCCACGGCCUUACCUUUGCCAACCUGGAUGCCCUGCACACCUUGCCUGGCUGUCCCCCCACGCCCACGCUAGUUGGCCCCAGUGCAGAGGGCCCUCAGGAAGCAGUGGCCAUCAUCUUGGCCCUCAGGGGCCACUGGAGACGCCGGUGCCUGAAGGAUAUUUCUCUGUUUCUCCUGCUCUGCAACAUCAUUCUGUGGAUCAUGCCCGCCUUUGGGGCACGCCCUCACUUCAGCAACACCGUGGAGGUGGACUUCUACGGCUACUCCCUCUGGGCAGCCAUUGUCAACAUAUGCCUGCCUUUUGGUAUCUUCUACCGCAUGCAUGCUGUCUCCAGCCUGCUGGAGGUCUAUGUGCUGUCCUGAAGCCCCCAACAGAGGCAUGGGGGUGAGGGGGUUGGCUCAUUCACCAACCCAGAGACCCUCUGGAAUGAACCCAGGCUGGUAGGCAUUGUGCCACGUUACCCCACAUUCGCUGCCUAGCCCCAGAGUGUAAUUUUCACAAAAAUUAUUUUUCCAAAUGAGUUUUUAAAUCACAGUCAGGACUCUGGGGCAUGGGGCUACUAGGGGAGAGAGACCUCUCCCUGCAGCAUUUCUGGGAUCAGGGAAGACCUGGUGUCGGCGGCUCCGACUCUCCCCCUGAUUCCAGCCCUGUGGCCUGGCCAUUGCUGUGCCUGACGCUGGAAACCAAUAAACCUGCAGCUCUCCCCCAGACUCCCAC